AGGGCGGCGCGUGCAGGAAUGCGGCCCCGCCCCGAACAUCCCGCGCCGCCGGGAAUCCGGACCCAGCUGCAGGCUGAGCGUCAUGGCCGCUUCGACGUCGCCCCAGCUCGGGGAGCUGCUGGCCCAGGCCCGGAGAGCGUUUCUGGAGGAGUUCGGAGCCGAGCCCGAGCUGGCCGUGUCGGCGCCCGGCCGCGUCAAUCUCAUCGGGGAACACACGGACUACAACCAGGGCCUGGUGCUGCCCAUGGCCCUGGAGCUGGUGACAGUGCUGGUGGGCAGCCCCCGCUCGGACGGCCUGGUCUCCCUGCUCACCACCUCUGAGGACGCAGACCAGCCCCGCAGGCUGCAGUUCCCUCUGCCCACCAGCCAGCGGUCCCUGGAGCCUGGGACUCCCCGCUGGGCCAACUAUGUCAAGGGCGUGAUUCAGCACUACCCAGCAGCCCCCCUUCCUGGCUUCAGCGCAGUGGUGAGCAGCUCAGUGCCUCUGGGGGGCGGGCUGUCCAGCUCGGCAUCCCUGGAAGUGGCCACCUACACCUUCUUGCAGCAGCUGUGCCCAGACUCCGGAUCCAUAACUGCGCGCGCACAGGUGUGCCAGCGGGCCGAGCACACCUUCGCGGGGGUGCCGUGCGGCAUCAUGGACCAGCUGAUCGCGCUGCUGGGGCAGAAGGGCCACGCGCUGCUCAUUGACUGCAGGUCCCUGGGGACAAGCCUGGUGCCGCUGUCGGACCCCAAGCUGGCGGUGCUCAUCACCAACUCCAACGUCCGCCACGCCCUGGGCUCCAGCGAGUACCCGGUGCGGCGGCGGCAGUGUGAGGAAGUGGCCCGAGCACUGGGCAAGGAGAGCCUGCGGGAGGUGCAGCUGGAGGAGCUGGAGGCUGGCCGGGAGCUGGUGAGCAAGGAGGGCUUCCGGCGGGCCCGGCACGUGGUGGCAGAGAUCCGGCGCACGGCGCAGGGGGCGGCCGCCCUGAGCCGCGGGGACUACCGGGCCUUUGGCCGCCUCAUGGUGGAUAGUCACAACUCCCUCAGAGACGACUAUGAGGUGAGCUGCCCCGAGCUGGACCAGCUGGUGGAGGCAGCGCUGGCAGUGCCUGGCGUCUACGGCAGCCGCAUGACCGGCGGCGGCUUUGGUGGCUGCACGGUGACACUGCUGGAGGCCUCGGCUGCGGCCAGGGUCAUGCAGCACAUCCAGGAGCAGUACAGUGGCACUGCCACCUUCUACCUCUCGCAGGCGGCCGACGGGGCCCAGUUGCUGAGCCUCUGAGCCCGACCCCCGCAACCCCCACACCUGCACCUGCUC